AGGAAAGAGAGUAAGAAAACAGGGAGAUGUGUGUGCUGGGAAUUAGAGACUGGGUGGGUCUACACAGCUACACAUUCCCGACUAACUCCGUGUGAUUAAAGCGCUUUCAGAAGACCACAAUGUUGGUGUUGGCAGGAAUCGUUGCUCUGCACAUUACCACCAUCAUCCUGCUGCUGGUGGCCACAAUCGAUAAUGCCUGGUGGAUCACAGAUUCUGUGUCAACAGACUUGUGGGGCCGGUGGGAGUUGGCAAACUCAGACUGGCAUUACUUCAACCUGAAAGACUACCCAGAAGAGUUCCUCCAGUCGGUGCAGGCCACUUCAGUGCUGGCCUGUGUUUUUGCCAUCCUGGCCUUGUUUGUGUUUCUGGCUCAGCUGUUUACCCUACCCAAAGGCCAGAGGUUCACCUUCACGGGCAUUUUACAGACAAUCUCCUGUCUGUGUAUAAUGACAGCAGCUUCAAUCUACACAGCUGAGCUUCACACCAAUGAAAAACAAGGCGGGUACGGGCACUCCUACAUCCUGGCAUGGAUCUCUUUUGUUCUCACCUUCCUCUUAGCGAUCACCUACCUCGUCCUGAGAAAGAAGAGCGAGUGAGAAGGUGAAAAGGAUUAGGAGUCGUGUUCCUCUGUAGAUGGAAAAACUAAGGUUACUUCAAACAUCUUAAAGACGGUUUUAACACCAUCAACAGUUAAGGAACAUGGGAAAGUGUUGAAAUGCUAACAAGAGCCAUUUUAAUAUUUUGAAUAUGAGUUUUAGAAUAGGACUGCAUGGGUGCAAAAUAGUCAUACUUAAAAUAUACUCCCAUUGUCUAGUUACAUGAAGAUUUGAAGAAUGAAGUCUAGACAUGAUUAUGUUUCAAUAAUUUGAGAAAUAUUACUUGCUGUUUUGCUGAGAGAUGGCAAGAUUGAUACCACUUUUGUGUAGAGGAGGUGCUUUAUUCUAGGGCUGGGCAAUAUGGCAAAAAAAUCUCUUUUUCACACCGAAUCCAAUUUCCAAUUUUUAAAAAAAAAAAAAUUUCUUAAAAACAUCCUACAAUUGACAGAAAAAAGGCAAAAGAAAUUUUACUACUUUUGGUCAUUUCUUUUGUGAGUUUACUCAAACUUAAAGUCCAACUAACACCAGCUUUGAUGCAAGCUUGUACAACAAUACGCAGGGUUCCUGCCAUUGUGAACAACAUCAUUUUGGCAUAAUAUGUGUAAAACUAUGAGCUACAGGAAGCUAGUUUUUGUAAAUACAUGCUUUACUUCAUAAUGUUUAACUUCAAACUAACUUAAAAACAAAAUUAGAACCUCUUGGAAAGAAGUUUCCCUUUUUUUCAUAUUUUUUUUAAAUAAAAUUCUUUUAAAACAUAAAUCUAACACUGCAUGAUAAAAAAUACAAAAGUAAUUUACCCUAUUUGAACUGGUAUAACGCCGAGAAAAGUUUCAUUAAACGUCACAUUUUUGCAUGUAAAUGUUCCUUGUGGGUAUACAAAAAAAAUUAACGUGAAUAAAGAUGGGCUUUUCCACCCUAUAAAUGAGCUCUGUAUCAUUAGCUAUAUGCAACACAACCACACCCAUGAUACCGUUCCACAGGGCCCUUUUUUCAUCAUCCAAAUGUACCGUUAGGACGUGGGUCGUCGUAGCGGGACUGUGGGCUGCUGUCUUAUACAUCUCGUAGGGAGCAUCUCACUGCAGUGAAGCGCAGAGCUAAAUUCCAGCCAGAAAUGAAGGCUAGCAUAACUAUACUGGCUUACUUUACCACUUGUUUUCCGACGACACCUUGUCUCUAAGAGAUAAAA